AUGACGACGACGAGUCAGACAAUGCCCGUGAAUUCGGUGGCAGAGAAUGUUUUAGGAACGAUGGGUACUGUAUGUUGGACGAUUCAGAUGAUUCCACAGAUCUGGAAAAGUUGGCGGACAAAAUCGACGCAGGGGCUUUCGCAUUGGCUUGUGCUUGUAUGGGGAUGCGCUGCGAGUUUCCUUGGGGCGUAUACGAUCAUUCUUGAGCUCAAUAUCCCGCUCAUCGUACAGCCUCAACUGUUUGGCUUCUUAGCACUGGUGUCUUGGGGCCAGUGCCAAUACUACGGAAACGCUCAGCCGAAACGACGCAAACGCGCAAUACUACUAGCUCUAGUUGUGAUGCUGCUCGUUGGGGCCCUUGAAGUCAUGCUCGUCUUCGCAGUUGGCCCCUCAUACCGCAACAACACCGAGUCUGGCAAACGCGCUGUCCAAUUCCUCGGCAUUAUCAGCUCUGUGCUCAUUUCGCUCGCCCUGAUUCCGCAGUAUGGCGAGAUAUAUCGGCUGAAGGAGGUCGUUGGGAUUUCAAUCGCGUUCAUGGUUGUUGACGCGCUUGGAGGUGUAUUUUCAGACCUGUCUCUUGUAUUUCGAGACAAGUUUGAUGUUAUUGCGGCUAUAACCUAUUCGCUCGUCGUGGUUCUCGAUGGGUUCGUGUUACUACUUGCGCUUAUCCUCAAUCCGCGAGCCGAGAAAAGACGACAAAGGCUUGCUCUACUGGCUAUUGGGACACCCCCGUCCACUGCAAACCGCCAGUGA